CGCUACCCAAUGAAUUUGUCAUAUGACAUUUCUUCAGGCAUGGUCUUUCUUAGUGAAGAAUUAAACUCACUACUACUUUAUUAACAUUUCGCUAAGCUGCACAGACCAGCACAGUUAAAAUACCAGAACAGGUAUCUUCCAAGUAAUAGGUGUUUCUUUUCACUAUAAGGAAGUAUUGAAGUGCUUAAUUACAACCCCAGUGACGAAGAUGUCCAUCUUCCGGAGUGAGGAGAUGGCCUUGUGCCAGCUGUUCUUGCAGUCAGAGGCUGCUUAUGCAUGUGUCUCUGAACUUGGAGAGAUUGGCAUUGUUCAGUUCAAGGAUCUAAACCCAAAUGUGAAUGCAUUCCAGAGAAAGUUUGUGAAUGAGAUAAGGCGAUGUGAGGAGAUGGAACGCAAGCUCAGAUAUGUUGAGAAAGAAAUUCGCAAACAGAAGCUGAAUAUUUAUGACAGAGGUGAAAAUCCUAAGGCUCCAGCACCAAAAGAGAUGGUGGAUCUUGAGGCAACAUUUGAAAAAAUUGAAAGCGAACUACGGGAAGUCAACACCAAUAAUGAAGCACUCAAGCGCAAUUCUCAAGAGCUGUCAGAACUUAAGGAAGUCAUGACAAAGACUCAGUUAUUUCUUCAUACUCAUGGUGAGGAUCUUCAUAGCAUGGUUGAUGACAUGCAUCAUGAAACAGCUCCAGAGGAAUCAGCUAUUACAACAGGACAUGCUGCUUCAAUACAGCUAGGGUUUGUUGCUGGGGUGAUUCCAAGAGAAAAGAUGCCAGGUUUUGAGCGUCUCCUGUGGUUUGCAUGCCGUGGCAAUGUGUUUUUGCGCCAUGAGGAAAUUAUGCAACCCUUGGAAGACCCUGUCACUGGGGAUCCUAUUCACAAGAGUGUUUUCAUCAUAUUCUUUCAAGGAGAACAGCUGAAAUCAAAAGUGAAGAAAAUUUGUGAAGGAUUCAAAGCAACCCUAUAUCCAUGUCCUGAGGCACCACAGGAGAGAGAGGAAAUGUUAAAGGGAGUCAAUACACGACUGUAUGAUCUUAAAACUGUCUUGAGUCAAACUGAAGAACAUCGCAGCCGUGUGCUGGUUGCAGCACAAAAGGAGAUCAGAUCAUGGAUGAUCAAGGUGGAGAAAAUCAAGGCCAUAUACCACACUCUCAAUAUGUUCAACUUUGAUGUCUCUCAGAAUUCCCUCAUUGCAGAAUGCUGGUGCCCAGUCAAUGCUCUGGAUGAUAUUCGUGCAGCCCUGAAAACUGGGGAGAAAAUAAGUGGCAGCAAUGUGCCCAGCAUCAUUCAGACUAUGCGCACCAAAAAGGCACCACCCACUUACUUCAAAACCAACAAGUUCACCAAUGGCUUUCAAAAUAUUGUCAGCGCAUAUGGUGUAGCCACUUACCUGGAGGUUAAUCCUUCUUUGUACACCAUCAUCACCUUUCCUUUCCUCUUUGCCAUCAUGUUUGGCGAUGCUGGCCAUGGUUUCAUCAUGUUUUUGUUUGGCCUGUGGAUGGUUGUCACUGAAAGACAGCACAUGGCAAAGCGCUCAACCAAUGAGAUAUGGAAUACAUUUUUUGGUGGUCGCUACAUCAUCAUGUUUAUGGGUCUGUUCUCAAUUUAUACUGGGAUGAUCUACAAUGAUGUUUUCUCUAAAUCCACAAACAUCUUCGGCUCAUCUUGGUCUGCAGCAAACAUCAGUGAAAAUGCCCUGGAAAAUAACGAGAUGCUGACACUGGAUCCCCUCAUAUCCUUCAGGAAGCACUACCCUUAUCCAAUUGGAGUUGACCCUGUCUGGCAACCUGCCAAGAACAAGAUUGCAUUCCUCAACUCCCUCAAGAUGAAACUGGCUGUAAUCAUUGGUAUAACUCAGAUGUUCUUUGGUAUUUGCCUGAGUUUCUUCAACCACCUACACUUCCGACAUUAUCUGAGCAUUUUUGUGGAGUUCAUUCCUGAGUGCAUCUUCCUCCUGUGUCUCUUUGGAUACUUGGUUGCUUUAAUCUUCCUGAAAUGGGCAACUAUUCAGACCGAGGACUCCCAGUGUUCUCCAGCUUUGCUCAUUCAUUAUAUCAACAUGUUCAUGAUGACCUAUGUACAAGUACCAGAAAGGAAUAGUACUGACUAUGCAUUAAAGGUCAAGUGUUCACAGUGGAUCAUUUAUGACGGCCAGCAACCUCUGCAAACAGCGUUUGUGAUAUCUGCUGUUCUCUGUAUACCUAUUCUCCUCCUUGUCAAACCCUUUGUUGAGCGAGCCCAGCAUAAAAAAAAGAUGAGGAUGGCUGCCCACUUGGGAGCAACUUCUAGAGAUGCAUUGCUGCAAAAUGAAAUUACUCCUGAUGCUGUGAAUCCUGGCUUUGAGAGAGAUAAGACUGAUAAUGUGUCCAUUAACCGAUCCUCACCUUCUGGUGAUGUUGAAGCUGCGAACAGAACACACAUUGUCAUGGAGGAUGAUGAGGAAGAAGAGUUUGACUUUGGAGAAGUAUUCAUCCAUCAGGCCAUCCACACUAUUGAAUUCUGUCUUGGGUGCAUCUCCCACACAGCCUCUUAUCUUCGAUUGUGGGCUCUCUCCUUGGCUCAUGCUCAGCUGUCAGAAGUUCUCUGGCAAAUGGUCUUCAGCCUGGGUCUAAAAAUGGACAUGAAAUAUGCUGGCUGCAUCCCAGUCUUCAUCCUAUGGUUCUUCUGGGCAAACCUGACAGUAGCUGUUUUGCUACUCAUGGAGGGGCUGUCAGCCUUCCUGCAUACACUUCGUCUUCACUGGGUGGAAUUCCAGAGCAAGUUUUACAAAGGUGAAGGGUACAUAUUCCAACCUUUUGGCUUCAAGGAGAUCCUCAAAAUGGACUCUCUAGAAGAGUCCAAAUAGAUAUUGCAUGGAGUAGUGGACACCAUGCAAUAUAACGGACACCUGCUUCAAUGCUCAGCUGUAACCAGUUGACACAAAUAUUGGGAAAAAAUGGUCAUCUCAGUAAAACAUCUAUUGCAAUCUUCUGGAAAACUUUAAUAACUGCCCUUUGCUUUUUGUAAACUUUUCCCCUAUUUCUCAACGAACAUUUGACAAAUAAUGGACAUACAGGAUCAUUGGGAAAAUUUAUUUUUCUACAGUUUUGAAAACUUGAAAAGGUCUUACCUUUAUGCUGCAGUUUUUUAAAUUCUCACCAGACCAAGAUUUCACAAUUUUCUCUUCUCAUACCAUCCAGCAGUCAUGUACAUAAAAGAAUAGCAGUGAUGUGUAUUAAGUGAAACACAAUUUAGUUCAUUUACAGAGAUUAUCAAAUAAGAACCAACUCUUUAACAGACCAGUGCACAAAAUUCGUGGCCAAGACUUUUAUUAAAUUCUAGUUUGCAUGUGGGCUUUUUGUCUGAACAAAACAUGGCAUUCUGUAUUUUUUUUUUUUUUUUGGACUCCAUCAUGUGAUGUACUGCAGCUGCAGAGGGCCUUGUGGAAUGUUUUCAUGUUUUGCAAUGAUAAAAUUAUUUUGGAAAGUUUAUUUUAUUGUAAGUUUGGUUAUAUGCCUAUCUAAGCAUGAAUUUAGACAUUCCAGAUAAGAGCAAUUUCAUGAGGUAACAUCUGUGAUAAUCAAGGAAUUAUUACAAGGAACACUUGACAUUAAUAUUCAGUUUUUAGUAGAGAAAGUCUUCGAUCAUGACUAGAUUCAUAUGCUGCUUGAUGUAUGAACAGCUAUCAGGGUACUUGCACUUAUUUUUAUACUCUUAUUACAUAUACUUGUGGUCUGUUGGGUUAGAGUGUCAGAUAAGUAGCACAACGCAGCUACUUAAUUUUUUAGUAUUUUUCUUCUAAAGACAAUGAUGUGCAGUUCUAUUUCACAGCUAUCAUUCUGCACAUUACCAAGUCUUUCAGAUUUUAUCUUGCUGAAAACACUGCUGCAUUCUUUGUUUAAAACAAAUCCCUAAAAUGUGGUCUUUCCUGACAAUAUUUUUUGUACUUGACUGUAUAUUCAGAAAAUAAAGUCUGCAUUCUAGCA